CCUUGCGUCAGACAUCAUCAUCAUCGUCGUCACCGCCAGUGAUUACCAUCAUCGUCGCCCAUUCCAUCGUCCUGGUCGUCGUCAGUCACCAAUUUGCCGGCGCAUACAUACAAAGAAACAUACCUACGCGACAGUUCUACACCGAUUGGUACCGUAAAGGCUCGCCCGCAACUGGCGUCCAUUGCUGCUCUCUAGACUCGACCGCGUCCAACUGUCGUCUUCCCCCCCCCCCCCCCUUCUCCUUUUCACUCCGUCGUUCGACCGCCCGCGAGACACACCAGGAGCAUCCCUCCACCAUGGCGUCCAGCGAGGAACUCCCCAAGGUGACGCUGUACUGGCUCAACGGCUCCCGCUCGCAGCGCAUCCUGUGGCUGCUCGAGGAGCUCAAGGUGCCGUACGAGGUCGAGGUGUUCCACCGCAACAAGCAGACGAUGCUGGCGCCGCCCGAGCUCGAGAAGAUUCACCCGCUCGGCAAGUCGCCCGUCGUCAGCGUCCUGCCCGCCGGCGCGAAGCCCGGCACCGAGCCCCUCGUCCUCGCCGAGAGCGGCCUCAUGACCGAGUACCUGUGCGAGCACCUGCCCGAGGGCCGCCGCCUGGUGCCGCCCAAGUGGAAGGACGGCUGCGAGGGCAAGGUGGGCGGCGAGACGGAGGCGUGGAUGCGGUUCCGCUACCUGCUUCACUAUGCCGAGGGGAGCCUGAUGCCCACGCUGGUGGUGGCGCUCGUCACGUCGCAGCUCAAGUCCCCCGCGCAGGUGCCCUUCAUCGUGCGUCCCAUCACCUCCAUCGCCGCCAACCGCAUCCUGUCGCAGUUCGUCUUCCCCAACGCGCUCAAGCACCUGCGCCUCAUCGAGUCGUACCUCGAGACCUCGGGCGGGCGCUACCUGUGCGGCGACUCCCUGACGGCCGCCGACAUCCUCAUGAGCUUCCCCCUCAUCGCCGCAAAGGACCGCUGGGACGACAUGGGCCGCUUCGAGGGCGGCCACUGGGCCAAGCAGUUCCCCCGCGUCGCCCGCUACGUCGCCCUGCUCGAGGCCGAGGACGGGUACCGCCGCAGCGUCGAGCGCAUCGAGGAGAUUGACGGCCAAAAGUUUGCCCCGUCGCUGUGAGAUACAUACUAUAGGCAGGCUCGUCGUGAGGGUUGGGUGGUUCUGGUGGAGAUGGUGGGUGCUAUCCAUAGUUUGGUAAUGUCGCAAUGAAGAUCCCAGGGAAACACGAGUGCGCAUUUAUUCGGUGGUUCAACAUGUACAGACUAGAAUAGUAUAGGAUGUCCUGUGGCUCAGUUAGACACUUGGACUGGCGGGGACAAUAUCUUUCAACUCUCUCUCCUUCUCUCUCAUAGCUCCCAUAACAUCCAUAUAGAUGGAUGCAGUAUUCGCACUAUCAACAG